CCGUAGUAAAAUUCCAAUCCUCCAUUCAGCAUAACAUGGCCACCGCGUCUCCUCCGGCGGCGAGAUACGAUCUGGAAGGCGCCACCUCCUACCUCCCCAUCCCCGCCGGCCCUAAUCAGCCCCGCCCCCGCCCUUCCACGAAGCUCCUCUCCGCCAUUCUCUUCUCAUCUUUCCUCCUAAUCUCAUUACUUCUCCUCUUCACAAACCACACCGCACCCUCUCAAGUCAAACUCAACGACGCCGCCGCUGCCCCUCACACUCCGUCGCGAGGCGUGUCGCAGGGGGUGUCGGAGAAGGUUUUCCGGCAAGUCAGCGCCAAUGGUUUGACUUUUCCAUGGAACAGCGUCAUGCUUUCCUGGCAGCGAACAGCUUUCCACUUUCAACCCGAACAGAAUUGGAUGAAUGGUCCAUUAUUUCAUAUGGGAUGGUAUCACCUCUUCUACCAAUACAAUCAAGAUUCAGCUGUGUGGGGCAACAUCACAUGGGGCCACGCAGUCUCCAAGGACCUGAUCCACUGGUUCCACCUCCCCUACGCCAUGGUCCCCGACCAAUGGUACGACGUCAACGGCGUCUGGACCGGCUCCGCCACCAUCCUCCCCGACGGCCAGAUCAUCAUGCUCUACACCGGCGACACCAACGACGCCGUCCAGGUGCAGUGCCUCGCCUAUCCGGCCAACCUGUCCGACCCGCUCCUCCUCCACUGGGUCAAGAGCCCCAGCAACCCGGUCCUCUUCCCGCCCCCCGGGAUCGGCUCCACCGAUUUCAGGGACCCCACCACCGCCUGGCUCAGCCCCGGCGGCGACAAGUGGCGGAUCACCAUUGGCUCCAAGGUGAACAAAACCGGCAUCUCUAUCGUCUACGAGACCUCCGACUUCAUAAAAUAUGACUUGUUGGAUGGCUUCUUGCACCAAGUUGCGGGUACGGGUAUGUGGGAGUGCAUUGACUUCUACCCGGUCUCAUUGACCGAGGGAAACGGGUUGGACACGUCGAUUAAUGGGCCGGGCGUGAAGCAUGUCAUGAAGGCCAGCUUGGAUGAUGAUAAGAAUGACUAUUAUGCCCUUGGGACUUACGACCCGAUCGGCAACAAGUGGACACCCGAUAACCCGGAGUUGGACGUCGGCAUUGGCCUCAGAUAUGAUUACGGCAAAUACUAUGCGUCCAAGACAUUCUAUGAUCAGAAUAAGCGGAGGAGGAUUCUGUGGGGUUGGAUUAGCGAAACUGAUGCUGAAAGCCUUGAUCUCUUGAAGGGAUGGGCUUGCGUUCAGUCUAUUCCGAGGACGGUUGUCUUCGACAAGAAGACAGGUACCGACAUACUUCAGUGGCCAGUGGAAGAAGUGGAGAGCUUGAGAGGAAAAAGUGUUGAGCUCGACGUGAAGCUAGGACCGGGUUCGAUUGUGCCAGUUGAAGUUGAUUCUGCCUCUCAGCUGGAUGUAGAGGUGUCGUUUGAGGUUGAUGAAGAGGCCGUUGAGGCGGUGGGUGAAGCCGGUGCGGGUUACGACUGCACUACUAGCGGUGGUGCUUCCAAUAGGGGAGUAUUGGGACCAUUUGGCAUCGUUGUUCUUGCUGAUGACAAACUAACCGAGUUGACUCCAAUCUACUUCUAUGUGGCUAAAGGGCCUAAUGGCAAGACAGAGUCUCAUUUUUGUGCUGAUGAAUUAAGGUCAUCGCAAGCUCCAGAUGUCGUGAAAGUAGUUUAUGGAAGCAGUGUUCCUGUUGUUGAUGGCGAAAAGUUCACCAUUAGGUCAUUGGUGGACCACUCGAUCGUUGAGAGCUUUGGUCAAGGAGGAAGAAGAGUGAUCACUUCAAGAGUGUAUCCUACCAAGGCCAUUGAUGGUGCAGCGCGAGUUUUCUUGUUCAACAACGCGACUGGAGCAAGCGUCACUGCAUCACUUAAGAUAUGGAAAAUGGGGUCUGCCGAUAUUCGCCGCUUCCCUUCGGAUCAAUUGUGAUAUCUAUAUUCAACAUUCAGUUAUGUCAUUGAUUUGCAUAUUUAUAUCUCAUAUGUGCAGAAAAAAGCCAUUAGAUCUUUGAGGAGAUGAUUGCUUUUAUUUAUUUUUUUUAGAAUAAUUGAAGGGUUCUUCCCCCUCUUUCUUUUGAUGUUACCACAUAUUUUUUUUUUUUGUAAGACUGUAAUAGAUAAAUGUUAGUAUUUGUUCAAUGCUGGAAAUGAGGUUAUUUGAUUUUU